AUGUUGGAUUACCGCGCGGCAGAUUUGGCUGUCGAGACUGAUUCCGCAUUGGCCUCCAAGGCCGGGGCUUUCGCGACCGCUUUCGAGUACACCGACGAACAGGCCACCACCCCCACCGCCGCCACUCGCCAUCGCGGCCGGGGGACGAGUAUCUCGCACCCGGAUCGCUGGGAUUCUUCCCCCAAGAAAAAGAUGGCAACAGGAUAUGCGGUCAGCCCCGAACCGCCGGCGCUGUUCGUGCGGGCCAUGUAUGAUUAUGACGCCGAUGACCAUACCAGCCUCAGCUUUCGCCGCGGAGACAUCAUUCAGGUCCUGAACCAGUUGGAAACUGGGUGGUGGGAUGGUGUGAUCGAUAACGUACGCGGCUGGUUCCCCAGCAACUACUGUACGAUCAUCACGGAGAUGGAUGACUUUGGCGAGCACCUGACGCAUGGCCACGAAGAUGGAGACCUCAGCGCCGACUCCGGACUGGAGGAGGACUACGCCAACGGACACGAAGAAGAGGAGGAUUUGGACUCCGAGGGUAACCCGCGCGACUCACAACCGAUCCUGCCCAUCGAGGGCAUUCCCGUACCAAAGGAGCAAGAAGAGGCGGCUUUCUGGAUUCCGCAGGCGACCCCGGAUGGCCGGUUAUUCUACUUCAAUACACUGACCGGGUACUCGACCAUGGAGCUACCGUUUGAAAACCCAACGUUGACCAACGAAGUCGGCCCUCGCGACCGGACCAACUUUUUCGUCCCCGAUCAAACUCGGCCACCUCCUGAACUGAUGGCCCGCGGGUUUGAGCGGGACGAGGAUGAGUAUGACGGUUCCGCAUCCGAGGCGGAGGGAGAAUCUUUGAUGCUGGCUUCGCAUGACUCGAUGUCUCGUCGCCGCCAGUCCUUCAUGGAUGGCGUAUCUCCCGCCACCUCCAUGGACUCCCUCUACCCCCCUGCCAAGGAAAUGAAACCUCCUCCCGUGACUAAGAGUCAGACGACAUACAACAGUGGCGCCACAACCAGCGCCAAUACGUCCAUCGCCGAAAGCUUUUCCAGAUCGUCGAUUUCAUCCAAUACCCCCCUACAUUUCGUUGACGAUGGUUUCGCCCCGCCCAUUACCUGGCCCCUUCUGGUCGAUAACAUGCGCUACGCCGUGGAAGCGUAUCGCCAAACCCUCUUCUCUGGAGAACAGUCUGAAUAUGUGAGAAAGGCCGAAGAUAUCUCUGAUCACCUGCGGAUGCUUCUGGCUGCUGGAUCCGAUACAACGGAUAAUCAUUCAGGCAACCCGUCCAUCAUCUCCACCAAUAAGGCGUUGUAUCCUCACUUCCGAGAUAUGAUGUCUAAGUUUUCCAAAUUGGUCCUUUCAUCCCAUAUCGCUGCCGCUGAUUGGCCAGGUUCCGACUCGGUCAAUAAAUGCCUGCAGGAGGCAGAUGGGGUGAUGCAAGGAGUCUAUGGCUAUGUGGAGGUUGCGCGACAGCAGCGCGGGGACAAUAUUCACCGUAUUGUCCCUGGUUUCGUCAGCGGAAGCUCUUGUGGUGGCAGCUGGCAGAAUAACGGUGUGUCUUUGAAUGCAUCUGGCCCCACAUCCUUCCUUGUCCCCGAGGGUGGUGAUUCGCGAAAUGAGCCCUCGGUCUCCUUGGACUCGGCCUUGCUAGAUCAUAUCGACGUUCUUAGACGGUCCUUCGUGGGCAGUAUUCGUCGUUUGGAGGAGCGAUUGUCGCUUGACCAGAACAUUAUUACUGUCGCAGAGCAUGGCGAGUUUGCCGAUGCGAUCUCAGCGGCUGCUAUCAAGGUUGUUGAACAGUUCCGCCCGUGGAUCUCCACGGUGGAAUCGAUCAACCUUGUACCCCUGGGAACCAGUUUUCAGAACCCUCAAUUGGUUGACUUCAGCUUGCAGAAGCAGCGGGUUUAUGAUGGCAUUGGCGAUUUCAUUUUGAGCUGCCAGGGCGUCUCUGCCCCUCUAGCGGAUGAAUGGGCUGAACUUCGCGGCGAUUCUCUGAUUGACCGAGUGACUGCCGUGCGCAGUGUAGCUAAACAGCUGGAAAACUAUGUCUCGCAAAUCGGGUUCUCUCUAUCACUUCUUCUGGAACAGAUCCCCGAGGAUCAGUCAUCUAAUCCUCGAGCCGACAGCCGUUUGGAAGAGGCGGAUGAGUCCCUUAACAAGACCGUUCAUAGCCGGGGUGAAUCCCAAGCGAAGAUUGCCACAGAGUCAAUUGGCAUCCCGUCUUCCUAUGCCCUGGGCAAGGAAAACAACAAGGUUCGUCGCAACAUGGACAAGGCUCAGAGAUUUUUUGGCCAAGCACCACCCGCCGCCAUUACUCGCGAGCCUAUCCGCGAGCCUGUAAGAGAACCAGAAGAGACCCCAUGGUUUUUGAAAAUGGACCAUGAGGGUGAAGUCUUCUAUGAUACGAAGGGUGAUGUACCAAUUCUUAAGUGCGGAACCCUAUCUGGUCUGGUUGAACACCUCACACGUCACGACAAGCUCGAUGCAUCAUUUAACAAUACCUUCCUUCUCACAUACCGCUCAUUUACCUCUGCCUCUGAACUCUUCGAGAUGCUCGUGCAACGGUUCAAUAUCCAGCCACCAUUCGGCUUGAACUCCGAUGAUAUGCAAAUGUGGAUCGAUCGCAAACAGAAGCCAAUCCGCUUCCGUGUGGUAAAUAUCCUUAAGAGUUGGUUCGACAAUUUCUGGAUGGAGCCUAACGAUGAGAUCAAUAUGGAUCUCUUGCGUCGUGUGCACGCAUUCACCAAGGAUUCCAUUGCCACCACCAAGACCCCGGGUGCUCCUACCUUGCUCGCUGUCAUUGAACAGCGUCUCCGGGGCCAGGAUAUCUCUGUUAAGCGUCUUGUUCCAACCCAGAACACUGCCGCGCCGCCGCCAAUUACCCCAAAGAAUAUGAAGAAGCUCAAGUUCCUUGACAUCGAUCCAACGGAGUUUGCUCGGCAGCUGACCAUCAUUGAGUCGCGCCUCUACUCUAAGAUUCGACCUACUGAGUGCUUGAACAAGACCUGGCAGAAGAAGGUUGGCCCCGAUGAGCCGGAGCCGGCUUCCAACGUCAAGGCCUUGAUUCUGCACUCCAACCAGUUGACUAACUGGGUCGCGGAAAUGAUCUUGACUCAAAGUGAUGUCAAAAAGCGUGUUGUGGUCAUUAAGCAUUUCGUAAACGUUGCCGAUAAAUGUCGCGUCCUCAAUAAUUAUUCCACAUUGACAUCCAUUAUCUCAGCUCUUGGCACUGCGCCCAUUCAUCGGCUGGGCCGAACAUGGGGCCAGGUCAGUGGCCGCACCUCCGCCAUCCUGGAACAGAUGCGCCGUCUGAUGGCCAGCACCAAGAACUUCGGCGAGUACCGCGAGACCCUGCAUCUUGCAAACCCUCCGUGUAUUCCAUUUUUUGGUGUCUAUCUCACGGAUCUGACCUUCAUUGAGGACGGUAUUCCGUCGCUUACCCCGUCGGAACUAAUCAACUUCAACAAGCGAGCCAAGACCGCGGAGGUCAUCCGGGAUAUCCAACAGUAUCAGAACGUGCCAUAUCUCCUUCAACCCGUCCCCGAGCUCCAGGACUACAUUCUCAGCAACCUGCAAGCCGCCGGCGAUGUUCAUGACAUGUACGACCGAAGUCUCGAGAUCGAACCCCGGGAGCGCGAAGACGAGAAGAUUGCAAGGUAUGCAGAAGCUACAAGCAGAGACAAGAAUUCCUUGCUUUUUGCGACUACCGUCGCAAUUCUCCGGUGA